AUUUUUAGAUGCAGUUCUUUGGGAUUGAGUUUGGGAUUGGGGUAGGCAAAUCUGUUCCUAGAUGUGCUUGGAGAGGCAACAAAUAUACUGAUAACGAAAGGGGCAUGUUCAGGUGCUUGGAACGCCAGAUAACCUUUGGAGCGCACAGAAGUGUUGCGCAUGGAAGGCAGGGUACUUCCUGUUUUCUCCUCAGAUUUUUUUCUUGCUUGCCAGAGAGCGCUUUCUAUAUUGAGUAAUGGGGAAACAGGCAUCCACCCACCUAACUAGUAACGUUAGGUCUGCACUUAUGGACAUUUCCAAAUGAAUCACAGGACAUCUUGAAACUAUGUGGUUUUGUAGUUUAACGAUGGACUCGAUACGUCAAGCGUGAAUAGUGAGACACAACAAGGGGUAGUGCUAACUACCUCCACACUAGCAAGGAUAACUAGCUAGUGAACGUAAACUAGCUAACGUGAUAUAAUCAGCUACGAUUUACUGUUGUGAAUGGUGUAACGUUACCUAGCUAACGUUUCCGUGCCAGACAGUCAAACAGAGUAACGUUUCUCUUUGAAAAGUAUUUCCUCAACCAGGAAAGAGCAGCAUGUGGCGAGAGCUGCAUCCGUUCUAGAAUGAAGAAGAGCCCGACGCACCGUUGCAGGGACAUCGAGAGGCAAGCCGGUUACCUGCAGCCCGAGCACUGUGCCCCUCCCCCGACCCGCCCCCGCUCCGACGCCAUGUGGUUUAUCCGCGACUGCUGCGGCAUCGUGUGCGGCGUCAUCACCUGGUGCCUGGUCUUCUACGCCGAGUUCGUGGUGCUCUUCGUCAUGCUGCUGCCCGCCAAGAACCUGCUCUAUAGUCUAAUCAACGGGGCACUGUUCAGUACCCUCGCCUUCCUCGCUCUGGCUUCGCACGCCCGGGCCAUGUGCACAGACCCGGGUGCGGUGCCUAAAGGGAACGCCACCAAGGAGUUUAUCGAGAGCCUGCAGCUCAAGCCCGGUCAGGUGGUCUACAAAUGUCCCAAGUGCUGCAGUAUAAAGCCUGACAGAGCUCACCACUGCAGUGUGUGUAAACGCUGUAUCAAGAAGAUGGACCACCAUUGCCCAUGGGUCAACAACUGCGUAGGAGAGAAGAACCAGAAAUUCUUUGUGCUUUUCACAAUGUACAUUGCACUGAUAUCCCUCCAUGCCCUGGUGAUGGUGGCCUUCCAUUUUAUCUUCUGCUUUGAGUCAGACUGGACGAAGUGCAGUACAUUCUCUCCUCCUGCGACCGUCAUCCUCCUCAUCUUCCUGUGCUUUGAGGGACUCCUCUUCCUCAUUUUCACCUCAGUGAUGUUUGGGACCCAGGUCCAUUCCAUCUGUACCGAUGAGACGGGCAUAGAGCAGUUGAAAAAGGAGGAGAGAAGAUGGGUUAAAAGGACAAAGUGGAUGAACAUGAGGGUGGUAUUUGGCCAUCCGUUCUCUAUAGCCUGGCUAAGUCCCUUUGCAACCCCUGACCACGGGAAGGCAGACUAUUACCAGUACGUUGUCUGACAAGAAGAAGCCAAGCUCCAGCACUCAUGCUACCAGCCUGUCUUUCAGGGUGCGGACUGAUGAGGCGAUGGUGUUCCCACCGCCUGACUUCACUGAGCAUGAACUCUUGACACUUCUUCUCCUUUUCUGUUUUUGAUCAUUUUUUUAAAUCUUCUUUGUGAAAAAAAAUCUUUAUCUGCCCGUUUUUAAUACUUGUCACUUAUUUUGGUUUCUUUCUUUGCCUGGUGUUGAUUUUGAUAUCUGUAUGAAAUAUACGUUCUGUUCCCUUCUGUUCACAAUCACAGCCAAGCCCUGCAAAACCAUCAACUGUAAAAUGAGUCUCUGCUUUUCUCACGUUUAUCAUUAAAGAAAGCCUUUAUUGAUGUAACCUAGCCAGAGACUGUAUCUGACUUGGCUAUAAACUAGACUUUACCAUUGGGAUAGAAAGGGUAGACACUCUUAAACCCAACGUACAGUAUUUCCUGUAUUUGGUCAUGUCCUGUUUGAGGACUAGGCCUAAACAAAGCAAACGCAUGAGCUGAAUUCAGAUGGGCUUUUCAGUGGACGAAAACGAUCAGUUCCGAUAGGCAUAUUUUCUCUUCCAAUGUUGCAGUACAUCAGCCUUUCCAUAAUGUAUCCUAAAUGGUAUAAGCUAUAGCCUUGGUGCCGUUGCCACGCUGUUGAUGUACUACCGACCCACAAGGCAUUACAUUUGCUGUUUAGAACAGUCAAAUCUGUUGCUGCAAGCUGCAGAUUCUUUGCCUUAUAGGCAAUGCUCCCUCUAAGCAGCGUGCAUGUGCGGCUGCUCACCUCCUGCAGGACUGCCGCACAGAAGAAAUGCCAUGCCGCGCAGACUCGAGAGAUUGAACUUCACUGAGUUCACCUCAUUAGUUUGCACUACAUAGAUCAACGUUUUUUCUGUGAUUGAAUCAACAUUAUAAACUGGGAUGUUCGAGCCCUGAAUGCUGAAUAGCUGACAGCUAUAUCAGACUGUAUACCACGGGUAUGACAAAACAUGUAUUUUUACUGCUCUAAUUACGUUGGUAAACAGUUUAUAAUAGCAGUAAGGCACCUCAGGGGUUUGUGGUGUAUGGCCAAUAUACCACCGCUAAGGGCUGUAUCCAGGCACUCCACGUUGCGUCGUGCUGAAGAACAGCCCGUAGCCGUGGUAUAUUGGCCAUAUACCAUACCCCCUCAGGCCUUAUUGCUUAAUUAUAUCAGCCCCUUUAAGCUGUUUUUGAAAACUAGUCAGGUAAAAAGCAUGUGUGUCUUAAUUAAAGGGGACAGUGUUGUAUUUUGAGACCGGCUUGAAUAUGGAAAUGAGCCAGUAGGCAGAGGGGUAGGCUACAUUGUCUAAUUAUCUGAAUGGUAAUAAUAGUUGAUUAUUUCUAAAGUGGUUUCUUGCAUCAUGCAAUGUACAUAUUUGGCCCAUGGUGUUACAGACCAAGUAAAAAGUCAUUAAUUAAUGUCAAACCCUUCAUAAUGUAAAAAUGUUUAAAGGUAUAAUGCAAUGUAGACCUGCAUUAAACACCACAUAUAGACUACUGUAGGCCUGAACACCUCAUAUAGACUACUGUAGGCCUGAACACCACAUAUAGACUACUGUAGGCCUGAACACCACAUAUAGACUACUGUGGGCCUGCAUUGAACAUCACAUACAGACUACUGUAGGCCUGAACACCUCAUAUAGACUACUGUAGGCCUGAACACCUCAUAUAGACUACUGUAGGCCUGAACACCUCAUAUAGACUACUGUAGACCUGAACACCACAUAUAGACUACUGUAGACCUGAACACCUCAUAUAGACUACGGUAGACCUGUAUUGAACAACUCAUAUAGACUACUGUAGGCCUGUAUUGAACAACUCAUAUAGACUCCUGUAGGCCUGUAUUGAACAACUCAUAUAGACUCCUGUAGGCCUGCAUUGAACACCACAUACAGACUACUGUAGGCCUGCAUUGAACACCACAUACAGACUACUGUAGGCCUGUAUUGAACACCACAUAUAGACUACUGUAGGCCUGUAUUGAACAACUCAUAUAGACUACUGUAGGCCUGUAUUGAACACCUCAUAGACUACUGUAGGCCUGAACACCACAUAUAGACUAUUGUAGGCCUGUAUUGAACAACUCAUAUAGACUCCUGUAGGCCUGCAUUGAACACCACAUAUAGACUACUGUAGGCCUGCAUUGAACACCACAUAUAGACUACUGUAGGCCUGAACACCUCAUAUAGACUACUGUAGGCCUGUGUUGAACCCCUCAUAUAGACUACUGUAGGCCUGAACACCACAUACAGACUACUGUAGACCUGAACACCUCAUAUAGACUACUGUAGGCCUGCAUUGAACACCACAUAGACUACUGUAGGCUAUAUCAUAGAAAUAGCUGUUGAUUUCUAUCUGAACAUGUUAUGGGAUUUGCUCCAUUGGUUUUGUCGGUAGGACUACAUUAUGCUCAAAUAGCCACAAUAGCCUAUUGGCUACUGUCUAAAACUGUAAGGGUACCGCCUCAGUAUUCACUGUAAUCGUGUGCCGGAACUUGCACAAAAUUCUCACAACGUUCAAGUUUCUGCUCACAACACCUAAAAUUUGCUCAGUCCCCCCCCCAAAUGUUUGCUUAUAGGACAGUACACCAUGGACAAUGACAGUUGGGUAAAGAUAUUUUUGUAGCUCUGUAACCUUAAAUAUCAGCUUAAUAGGGUAUCUGCUUCCUCUCACAGACUGUCAGUCAUGUCCAUGUGCAGGAUGGGUCCCCUCCAAAGGUCAUGACAGGAUGAGAUUGGGAACAACAAUGGAUUGAGAGUCCAACUGCAGUAGCGGCUGGUGACAAUGGUGGAUGGUUGUCUGUUGUAGAAUGAUGUCUUACUGGCUGGUGUAUGUGACAACUGUUUCUAUAGAAAAAGUACUGUAAUGCCCUCUGAGAUUUUCAUUUGAUCACUGAAUAACUCCAAAACUGGUAAAUCAAAUGUACAUAUUAUUGAACUUUUUGGAACAGAAGCAUGCAGCUAAGUGUAAUUCCCCUGUGUUCACUAAAUGGAAUUUGUUAAAUGUCAUAUCAAAACCAGGCUACCGGCUUGACAUUGUGUUUAUGAAUCUGGCACAGCUAAGCUUUGCGGGACAAACAUUGGUAAUGACAUUUAGGCCAGUGAAACGUGCACUGAAACCUGAAAGAACAUUGUGGACAAUGCUAACUAGUUCACACACUAUGAAAAGGCACAGACCGGUCUCCUAGAGACAGUCUAAGAGACGGUGUAGAUUGGCUCAAAGCAAUUGGGCACCAAUGGCAAACAAACAAGCUUCAUUCAAAGCAGAUACUUCAGUGAAAAUGCCUUUGUCUGUGAGAAAAUGAUCACACAAUCAAUCGUGAGUUCACAAGCCUUACUAUAGAAAGAGUAUGGGCUGUUGGUGAUGAACAGAAUGGCUAUGGCUACAUCCCAAUUGGGGCUCCAUUCCCACAGGGCUCUAGUCAAAAGUAGUGUACUGUGUAGGGAAUAGAGUGCCAUUUGGGACACAGCCUAACUCAUGUAGAAUAUUUUUGGUGCCAUAUUUUCUGGCUUACGAAUGAGGAAUCUCUGAACUCUUUCACCCUCCCUGCAUAUCAUUUUGUACAGCUUAUGGUGGAAUGUACCAUUGAGGCCACAGGGGAACUUUCAGAAACUUUUGCCUUUUAUGAAAAUGCAUUUUACAGACUGUCAAAGCCAUGCUGAAUGAACACAAUGGUUAUGUAUUCAUCAAACAAAAAUGUUUCUCUCUUAAUUGAGAAUGCAGAGUGCAUUUGCACGGCAUGGGUGUCAUUUGAAAUGUGUAUGGACCACAUUUGAUAGAUUUUUAAAAAAUGUAUUAGGAAGAAUAAAAUAAACUUUGAAGUCACUAAAGCAGCAUGACACUAUCAUGACAGUCACCUUUCCUGUUUGUUUUUAUUUUUACCCCUUUUUCUCCCCAAUUGGUAGUUAGUCUUGUCCCAUCGCUGCAACUCCCGUACUGACUCGGGAGAGGAGACGGUAGAGAGCAAUGCGUCCUCCGAAACACGACCCUACCAAGCAGCACUGCUUUUUGACACACUGCACGCUUAACCCGGAAGUCAGCCACACCAAUGUGUUGGAGGAAACACCAUACACCUGGCGACCGAAGUCAGAGUGCAGGCAGCCGGCCCGCCACAGGAGUCGCUGGAGCGCGAUGGGUCAAGGAAAUUCUGACCGCCCAAACCCUCCCCUAACCCAGACGAUGCUGGGCCAAUUGUGCGCCGCCUCAUGGGUCUCCCAGACGGCUGUGUCACAGCCCGGGAUCGAACCCAGAUCUGUAGUGAUGCCUCAAGCACUGUGAUGCUCCACUCGAGAGGCCGGACAGUCACUUUUUCUAAGUAGUUAAUUUGUUUAUGAAUAGGUGACUUUAAAGUUUAAGAUGCUUCAAUCAAAUCUACUACCAUAUCUUUCUGAGUUGGUGUACCUUUUUUUUAUUUUAAAGCAGAACACUCAACUACCUAAAUCUCAAUACUGCUAUCUCCUACUUGAACUGAUGGACCCUUAUAAGCUCUGUAGUGACUCACAUAUAACUGGGUAUAACUCUAUUAUAUAACUAUGAAAAUGGUGGCUUUUUGGACAGCAAACUUUUACAAAUGUUAAUUAUUUUAUUUUAUCAAAACAUAUAGUCAGAUAAUAGUUAACCACUUAACGUUAUAAAUCAACAUAAAUGACAGCUUAACAUAUUUUUAUAUUUUUACAACUUUACAUUUUUUUUAAAUGCUUGUGCUGCCUUUUUGUCACUGGUGUUACCUAUAUUUUAGAUGACAAUUCAGGCUUUCUAGAAUGUAAUUUCAGUCUUUUUUAAUUAUGUGAUUACAAUAUUGAAACAGUAAUAACAUGCUAAUAAGUAUUUUUUUUAUAUAAUUGUUGAGGGUUUUAUAAAACAUUACUUUGAGAAAAAAGUUUGUGGUGUUAUUGAUUGUCACUGGCGUUACCAGCAAGAACGAUAACAAUAGUGACAAAUCUGCAGACAAGAUGGCAUAUCUAAGACGGCGGCCACUGUAGCUCAAACCACACUUCUUAAAUGAUAAAUAAAUCACUUAAUCGUGCAAUUGUAUUUCCUUUCCCCUUACUAUAAACUGUGUGACACAUCUUAAGUCCUCACAUGAAAUUACCAAGUUAAUCAUCAAAUUGUUAACAUAUGAAGAGAGAGUGCACACUCACCAUGUGCUUUUCAAAACAGUCCUGUCUCUAAUGAACCUUUGACCCAGGAAGAAGUUGGCAAGGAUGUUGCAUUUUUCUCAAAGUGGUGGUUUUUAUACAUUUUAACACCAGUGACAUGAAAUUGAGGGACAGCUAUUACUUGUAAAUUAUUUGUAAUAUUUAUUUGAUAUUUCAGUUUUUAAGUAGUCCACUAAAUAACUAUAAUACUUGUCUUUGUAUUAUGACAUUUAAAGAGGGAGAAAAACUCAAAAUAUGUUACUAAACCAUGACUCCUGAAACAAUA